CGCUUGGUCCGUGCCGUCUCGAAGGAGGCACUUGGAAGAUGGCGGAAGCGACCCCGCGGCCAGGCCGCUUCUUUUGCCACCGCUGCUCGACGGAGAUUAGCCCACGUUUGCCGGAGUACACUUGCCCGAGGUGUGAGUCUGGCUUUAUUGAAGAGCUACCUGAAGAGAGAAGCACUGAAAAUGGUUCCAGUACUUCAGCAUCAACUAGUGACCAGAAUCGCCAUCCAUUUGAGAACCUGGACCAACAAUUGUUCAGCUUUCCACCAGGAUAUGGCCAGUUUGCACUGGGUAUUUUUGAUGAGAGUUUUGAUUUUGGAUCUAGUGUAACCUCUGAGGAUAAUAGAGAAACAGAAAAUCGCAGGGAACGUGAACUAGCCUCUCGGCAACGCUACGGGGCAAUGCAGCCUAGAACACGCCACCUAGCAAGACGGCAAACAGGCAGACAUGAGGGUGUCCCUACACUGGAGGGAAUUAUUCAGCAGCUAGUAAAUGGAAUUAUAGCACCCACUGCCAUGCCAAAUAUAGGACUGGGUCCAUGGGGUAUGUUGCACUCAAAUCCAAUGGAUUAUGCCUGGGGGGCCAAUGGACUCGAUGCAAUCAUUACACAGUUACUAAAUCAAUUUGAAAACACUGGUCCUCCACCAGCAGACCGAGAAAGGAUUAAAAGCCUCCCCACAAUACAAAUUACAGAAGAACAUGUAGGGUCGGGUUUAGAAUGUCCUGUGUGUAAAGAGGAUUACACUGCUGGUGAAAUGGUUCGGCAGCUUCCAUGCAAUCAUUUAUUCCACAAUGACUGUAUUGUGCCAUGGCUGGAACAGCAUGAUACAUGUCCAGUAUGCAGAAAAAGCCUAAGUGGACAGAACACAGCAACAAAUCCUCCAGGGUUAUCAGGGAUGAAUUAUUCCUCUUCCUCUUCUUCCUCUUCCUCCAGUUCACCGAGCAAUGAAAAUACAGGAAAUAACUCUUAAAACACAAGGUUCCGAUCCGCUCCUUCAUAUGGACUCACACCUGCAGUCCCACCUGAAUUCUGUUCAUUGGGAAAAGCAACAUGGGAAUAUCAAGGGUAGUGAGAAAGAACAAUGAAGCAAAGAAAAUGCCACGGCAAGAUACCAGCUUCUCCUCUAUGAUCAAAAACACCCUCUUCCUUUGUCCAUAGCAACAUCAGAGAACAUUUUGAAUGGGAUAGUGAAACAGAGUGGCAUUCCACAAGCAGUCUCUUAAGGUUGCAAUUUUAAACCAUUUAAAAGUUGGGUACGCCGAACAUCAUUAGCUACUCCCAGCUGCAACCACAAUAGUGUUUUUAUACAAGUCAGUAGGAGGCCUUCUUUUCUGUUUUUUUUUUUUCUUUUCUUUUAUUUAUAAAAUGUCUUCUUAGGCACUGUACAGGACUUUCAGCAUCAUAAAGUGUGUGUGUAUAUGUGUGUGUGUGUGUAUAUGUG